AUGUUUAAGUAAGUACCUAAGAACAUUGGUUAACAGUAAAAUAAUACAAUUAAGAAUAAGGAAGGUUUAAAAUAGUUUAAGAAUGGCUAAUAAUAAAAAUAAUAAGGUUUGCCUAAAUAGUAAGUCUUGAAAUAUUUUAAUAAAGCCAUUUUUUAUAAUAUUGUAGUAUUUUUGAGAUCAAAAGAAAUUAUGGAAUUUAGAUUAGUCAAUAGGUAUUUCAAUAAAUUAUUUAUUGAUUGUGCUCCUGCAUUAUUAAAUUAUUUUGAUAAGAAGGAUGAUGAUUAGUAUAUGAGAUAAAUGUAAAAUCCAUAAAGAAUAUAGCUUCCAAAAUUAGAAAAUGUUAAUUUAAAUACGUUAAAAUCAAAUUUGGAGAAUAAAGGAAUGUAUGCUUGUGUUGAAAAGUUAAAUGGUAAUAAUCUUUUUUGUGUUGAAUUACUUUUUGAUAUGAUAACUUUAGAAUUACCUCCUUGGAGAAAAGCUAAAUUCACUUUUCCUUUAAAAGUAAAAACAAUUAUUGAAAAAUAUGAUUUUAAUCUUUAUAAAUUGAAUGAUUAGCAAAUAUAAUUAAUUAAUUAAAGGUAGAAUUAUCAAUUAGCAGAAUUUUUAUUAUAUAACGAAGAUUUUGAUGAACUUUUAUCUUUUGUAAAAAAUCUGAAGAAGGUGGUGGCUUUUUAAAAUUAUUAGUAUUUUUGUGAAUAUUAUGAGAUUGAAAAAGAAAAUGAAGAAAGAUAGAUAUUAAAUAAUUUACUAAGAAGCAAGAGUAUGAAGUUAAAUUGAU